AGAUUGGCGUUUGCUCAAGAAGCUGUCAGCCGGCACUUCCUCUCAUAGUUUUCUCUUACGCCUCUCCGUUCACGUUGUAUAUCCCUCUGUUAUUGAGAAAUCCGUAGCAGUUAUGGCCGCCGCCACCGCGAUGCACUCCACCGCCCUGGCUGGGCAGAGUCUGUUUCAGCCCGUCAAUGAGCUCUCCCGCAAGGUCGGCAAUGUCGACAGCCGCGUCACCAUGCGUCGAACCGUCAACAAGUCGGCUGGCAGCGACAGCAUCUGGUAUGGAGCUGACCGACCCAAGUUCCUGGGCCCCUUUUCCGGCGAGACCCCGUCGUACCUGAACGGCGAGUUCGCUGGAGACUACGGGUGGGACACCGCUGGACUGUCGUCCGACCCCGAGACGUUCGCCCGCAACAGGGAGCUGGAGGUGAUCCACGCCCGGUGGGCCAUGUUGGGGGCUUUGGGGUGCCUGACCCCGGAGCUGCUGGCCAAGAGCGGCGUGAAGUUCGGCGAGGCGGUGUGGUUCAAGGCCGGAGCUCAGAUCUUCAGCGAGGGCGGGCUGGACUACCUGGGCAACCCCAGCCUGGUGCACGCUCAGAGCAUUUUGGCGAUCUGGGCAUGCCAGGUGGUGCUGAUGGGAGCCGUGGAGGGGUACCGUGUUGCGGGAGGACCUCUGGGCGAAGUGACGGACCCCAUCUAUCCCGGAGGGUCGUUCGACCCCUUGGGUUUGGCUGACGACCCCGACACCUUCGCGGAGUUGAAGGUGAAGGAGAUCAAGAACGGGCGAUUGGCGAUGUUCUCGAUGUUCGGAUUCUUCGUGCAGGCGAUUGUGACCGGAAAGGGGCCACUGGAGAACUUGAACGACCACUUGGCGGACCCCGUGGCCAACAACGCAUGGGCCUACGCCACCAACUUCACCCCCGGGAACUAGAUUUGUGAAUGAAAACAAGAUGAAUGGCACCGUGCGAGUCAGAGCUUCUAGAUUGUAUAUAGUGACAAGUUUUUUUCAUGUCUCUUGUUCUUGAAUGACGAUCGGCCAUCGAUUUACAGCCGGAUUGCGGUUCCUCUUA